CUUGACUAAAUUUGCUUUUCAACCAUAAUUGAGUCAAAGGGAAAAACGUUCUGUGGCAUCGUUGGCUUCAAAUUACCAAGGAUACGAAAAUCCGUUGCCACGACUAGUAACUAAAUAUUCCUUUAAGCAUGUUUCACUUUUAGUAUAUCAUUUUUAAUAGAAGGAAUUUUUAAAAAACUAUGACUGAUAACAUCUUAAAUCCUUCAGUUAUAAUAACUUUGGGUAAAUAUGUUAAAAAACCGGCAUUAAGUGAAAAGAUGCUGAAGAAGUCACCGUUUCGUUUUCUGCAUGACGUCUUUAAUGCGGUUAUAAGGGACGCAGGCUUUUUCGCGGGUUUGUACACGGCGGAAGAAUUAAAUUUUGAAAAAUCAUAGAUCGUGAGGGGCAAAUGCGAUUUUUACAAAAAAUGAUUGAUGUUGUUAGUAAGUUGCCUGGUGCUAAUAGGUCUUUGAAUCAAGAACAUGGAUUUAUAUUUGAAGUGGAACAAAGAAAUCUCAUCCUCAGAAAGAAAAUUAUAAUAAACAAACGAA